GUUAAUGACUGAAAAAGGAAUUGGGCUAUUGAUUGAAAAGCAUGAUCCAUUACCCCAAAAGCCCAUCUAUUUCCAACUCUAAGACGAAUUGGGCCACAAAAUUACGGUGUAGGAUUAUUGGCCUAUAAAUAAUUAAAAACACAUCCCGAGAAAACCCGCAAUUACACCCACACAUACAUGGCUGCUCUAAUCAGAAAGUCGGUUUUUCUUGCCUCCCUCCUCCUCCUCCUUCUGGCGGCGGCGGUUUGGGCAUCCGGCGACGGCGACGGCGGCGCAUCGGAAGAGCUCACGGUGGAGGAGGAGUUCGAGCGGUGGAUGGUCCUCCACGAGCGCAAGUACGAGGACGAAUCGGAGAAGGAGAAGCGGUUCGAGAUCUACAAGAAGAACAAGGAGUACGUGGAGAGUUUCAACAGGGCCGGGAAUCACACUUACACGCUCGGCAUCAACGCCUUCUCCGAUUUGACCAACGAGGAAUUCGCGGACAUGUACCUGUCCAAGAACGUUUGUUUUUAGUGCCCCGUCUGAAUCUGCCUUUUUAAUUUCUUCUUAAUUGAUGAAUUCUGUAUGACUUUUCUGUACAUGUCUUUUUGUAUGUCAUUAAGUAAAUUUUAGUAAUCAUU